CCUGUUUCAAAGUCCAGCUGCUGGGAGCGUUUUCAGUGUCAACAGUAGGACCUAGAGAUGUUGUGCAGAAGCUUCACGGGUCCGCGUCAAUCUAUUUUUUAAUUUAUCAGAGACGUGAUAUUGUGGAGCGGACAUGGAGCGGUCUGUGGAGUCUCUGGUCCAGGUGUUGGAGUCCUACAGAGGAAGAGAUAAAGUUAUCAGGACGGUCUGUUACAGCUCCCAGCUGGUCGGAGGAGCUCUUUCCCGGAAGGCGGAAACAGAUGUUUCACUCCACCGGCUCGGAAAAAGUCUGCUGCUGUUCUCAGCUCAGCUCAGCCACUGCCGGACGGUGCUGAGGCUGUUCGAUGAUCUCUCCAUGCUGGCCUACUCUCGCAGCUAUGGGCUCGGGGCCGAGGAGGAGGACGCAGCCGUUCGCUGGAUUUCAGUGUUGAGCAACGUUGCCGAUCAGCUCUACUACCCCUGUGAACACAUCGCCUGGGCCGCUGACGCUGAGCUCAUCAGCGUGAAGUCGGACAAGUGGUGGCUGUUCAGCACGGUGCUGUGGGGAGCGUCGCUGCUGCUGGGAAUCCUCAGAUCCCUCCGAGUUCUGCAGCUAUUGAAGAAGAAGCUGAAGAAAUUUGAAAGAGGCAGCGGAGGCAGCAGUCGCUCUCAGCUCCGCAGGAAGAUGCGAGGGGAGUUGCUGUCAAUCCUCAGCAGCAUGGCCGACCUCAGCAACGCCGUUCACUGGAUGCCACCCGGCUUCCUGUGGGCGGGACGACUCCCCACCUGGCUGGUGGGUCUUCUGGGCACCACCUCAUCUCUGAUCGGUUUGAUCCGGAUGAACUCCAGCGACAGUGACCAGGCAGAGAGCACGUAGUCUUAAUCACACUGAAGAAGAGAUGUUACGCUUUGAUUUCUGCUUAUGACGGAUAAGGACUGAAAGGAUUCAUGGCAGAUCUUUGAUUUGAUUGGACUUUUUAACAUACAUGUAUGCAAUCAAGAAUGUGCUCAAUGAUAUAUAACUAGAGGCCUCAUGAAAAAGGCAUGAUAAUCCACUACGUACGUACUGCCACUUAGUUCAUAUUUUAUAAUGAUUUUUAUUUAAUUUAUGUGUCGUUAAAUGCUGAUGAAAGUACUUGUGUCUUAUAGUAAAGAAUACGUUUUUACUAACCAGGGUUCAGGUCCUAUUUGGCUAUUUCUUUUUCCUGAGGAAUAGAAGAUGCAUUACAUGUGUUUGUUAGUCCACAAAAUCAUCCAAGACUGUGUCCUCUUCCUGGCAGGUCAAAGGUUGAGAUCUACUUUUUUGUCAAAAAUCAUGUAAAUAGUAAAUAGUUGCCUUGGAAGACACAAUCCAUAUACUGUGAAUUUACUUUAUGAUUAUUUGGAUACUUCAUCUAAAAUCGCAGCAAUUAAAAGUGUGCGAUGGUCUCAGCCUGCACAACUGGUGAAACUUGUUUAAGAAAUAUGCAAAACACCUGAUUUGAGUUUGCGAUGCUCGCUGAGGGCGUUUUACAUAAAAAUGAUCUGUACAAUUGUUCAGAAUCGAUAGAAACUGUUGACUGAUUCAAGUGUGAAAUAAUUUUAAAAUAAAAACAUGUUUUUAAGAA